AUCAAUGACAAGAAAUUUCGUCACAUGACGAAAAAGCGGCAACAUCGAACAAAGCAAAACAACAUCCGGAACCUGUGAGCAGAUUGUGCAAAUUAUUUGCAAUGAAAGCAACAGAUCUUCAGGUUUUUCAGUCUACCUAUGAACAAAGGUUUGGGUGUUGUAUAUGCCUUGGGCCUAAGCUACAUAUGGUAUCUGGACAAUGCCAGCAUCGUAUCUGUGAUGACUGUCUCUAUGUAGACAAAGAAAGACGUCCAUGUAUGGAAAAAUGCCCUGUAUGUGGUAUGGAGAACUCAUUUCCGCACACUAGGCCCAUUAUUCCGGCCCAGGUUAUAGAAAUACAGCGGUGUAUUGGUGUUCAGGAGUGCCCUAAUGGUUGUGCUGCCCAGAUGUGGUAUUGGGAAGUAGAGGAUCAUACCAGAAAUUGCCCAAGAUCAUGCAAAUCUCCAGAGAAGGUUGUUACACCACGUAGAAGACGGAGUCGCGUAGCUGAUCGGGGCUGUGUUUCAACAACUAUAGGUACACCCAGGCUACGGAAUAAACGACCAAGAACAGAAGUACACAGACGGUUGAGACCAAGGCAGGAAACCUAAAGCAAUGACACUGGUUAUGUUGUAAGAAAGGCCUUUCUGUGAGGCUUGUUCUGCUGUGAUUGAACCAAUUAUCUUUAAAAGAUAUCAGGGAUUUAGUGAUAUUGUGCUUAACAUUGUACGGAAUAUGAAAGAUGAUGUGUAUUAAAAAAAAUCAUGUUUCCAAAAUAGGUAUUCAGAGCGUGAUUGUAGCAUGUGUGUCUAGCAUUGCUGGGGUUCAUGUUUUUUGUGCAUUCAGGGAGUACUAGCAGUAAAUUUGUGCUAGUAAUUUGAUAAAAUGCCCAAGUUGCUUGGAUAUUCUCGUCUUUUCUUCAGUGCGUCUGCAGUUUCUUUUUAGCUGAACUAUUAAUUGAAUAGGUAGAUCUAUUGAAUUACACUUGCGCUAUUGUCAUUGUCCUGAUUUAAUGUACGCUGGUGUUACAGUAACCACUUUUACUGGUAGGAACAGGCUAAAUAAAACACUGUGUCACUGUAAUAUUGUCUUAAAAUGCUAUGCAUAGGUUCAUUAACUCUGGUUUUGCAUUUAACACAUAAACUGAUAAGCAAUUUCUGGUCAAGGUUCUCAUUUAAGCUGGUAUUACAUUUAGUAGCACAAGACUGGAAAGUGCCAUGACAUUUAAUGUUAAAGCACAAAAUUGUUGCAUUUUUUGUACCAGUUCAUAUCGUUGUGUUCAUUCAUUUUAAGUUUUUCACGGUUACGUUACGACAGACAUUGAAAAGUCAUUGAAUUUGAGGCUAGUUCUUGAAAAUGUCUAAAACUCUUAAAAACUCUGAAAACAUACUUGAAUUUUGAAAAAAGUGCUUGAACUUCAUCCAAAAACUUGUUUUAUUGAAAAAAAUACUUUUAAAGAAGAAAUAGAAAUGAAGAUCAUUUGAAAGAAAAAUAAUGAAAUUUGGUCACAUCAGUCCGGUAUAUACCAGUAAUGAUCGUAAAAAGACGGCAUUUUAUCAUGAUUCAGACAGCACUGUUUCUUAUAAAACUAUGUUCUGAAAAUAGUUGAUAAAAGUUGUUUGGUAAUAAGAUUUCAAGAUGCUAUUCAAGAAAUGAAAUCCUUGAAAUAAUGAAACAAAGGGUACUCGAGAAGUCUUUGAAAAGUACUUUAAUUUUGUUUGGAUGUUCUGUAUAAACCAUGUUUUUGUGAAGAGCUUUUUGAUUACUGGAGUGUUUCAGUCCUUAGAUGACUCUUCUAAUCCUGUCUUGCCGUUCCAACAGCACAUGUAAUGAUGAAUUUCUCGUUUGUUUAAAUUACGCAGUUAUUUGGUGAACUUUUGUUAUAUUUUCUUAGUAUGUACACAGGAGCCUGAAAUUCUAUCCAAAAGCCACGAAAAGUCUGUAUAUGAAAAAGACCCCCCUUCUAUAUAAUAAAAACACAAGGAAUGAAACGCAUUCACACCCCACCCACCACGAGAAAACAAGAAAAUUUCAAAGUAAGCAGUGCGAGUGUUCUCGAGUGGCGUAAUUAUCUAAAGGCAACUAAAAUAUGUGCGGGACUGUGCUUACUGGUCGCUUCACCGUAUUAACUAACACGAAAUCAACAAUUUCAACAACAUUUCGUUCAUCGUCCAAACCAUUGCGUGACGUCACACCUUCAUGUAUAUUUCUGCGCCGGAGAGAAUACGAAAUAAUUUCAAGAACCACGUAAAAAAUAUCUGUAUAUGUUAUGUUUUAUUACUGAUAUUUCUUUCAAUAAAUAUUACAUCUUUGAAUUUCUUUAAGCAUUAAAUAAUAAAAGAAUUAAGCAUAUCAUGUUAGAAAAACCCAUUAUGGGAACUAACUCUAGCAUUGACAAAAGAGGGGAAGUAACUCAACCAUUGACGGAAGUAGCGCAUAACAGGAAAAAAGAAUACCCAUGGCUGCUCAGCUACGCUUGGUGAUACGGAAUGAGUUUUCUGAUAUUAAAUAUUAAUUGUGUUGUAAAUGACAAAUAACAUUGUUUACACGAUGCUAUUCUGUUCUGUUCUGAAUUGUGUACGGGUCGGACCGGAUACUGGCAUUUACACAAAAGCAUUAUUAACACCGGUGCAGAGAUAUACAUGAAGGUGUGACGUCACGCAAUGGUUUGGACGAUGAACGAAAUGUUGUUGAAAUCGUUGAUUUCGUGUUAGUUAAUACGGUGAAGCGACCAGUAAGCACAGUCCCGCAUAUAUUUUAGUUGCCUUUAGAUAAUUACGCCAUUGGAGAACACUCGCACUGCUUACUUUGAAAUUUUCUUGUUUUCUCGCGGUGGGUGGGGUGUGAAUGCGUUUCAUUCCUUGUGUUUUAUUAUAUAGAAGGGGGGUCUUUUUCAUAUACAGACUUUUCGUGGCUUUUGGAUAGAAUUUCAGGCUCCUGUGGUAUGUAUGAUGCCAGUGUGCACUAGCUGUAUAGCUAUGCAAGUAAAAUCCAUACUGAAGAACUCGAAGAAACUUUAUACUGACAUUAAAAUAAAGCUGACUUAAGCACUUCAAGUGAUUCCAUGUCAUUUCUGUAUAUUUCUUGUUUUUGGACUGAUUAAACUCUAGCACUUUUGUCCAGCCCCUUUCCACCUCAUGUCAUUGAUGUUUUACUGAAUGUAUCUUGCAGUUUUGAGUAAAAUGCUUCGUUAGGUUUUACCUGAGCUGCUGCUUUCAGUUACCUGAAUCGACAUACUUGUAAAUUGAGCCGCACCAUGAGAAAACCAACAUAGUGCAUUUGCGACGAGCAUGGAUCCAGACAAGCCUGCGCAUCCACACAGUCUGGUCAGGAUCCAUGCUGUUCGCUUUCAAAGCCUAUUGCAGUUAGAGAAACCGUUAGCGAACAGCAUGGAUCCUGACCAGACUGCACAGAUGCGCAUGCUGGUCUGGAUCCAUGCUGGUCGUAAAUGCACUACCGUAUAGCGGGUUAUUUCUGCGGUCAAAAUAUCCUGCGUUUUGGUCCCAAAAAUUGUGAAAGAAAUUUCUGCGUGUUUAAUUUCUGCGUUUUCACAUAAAAGGAAGUGAAAUUUCUGCGUUUUCGAUACCAAGGAGGAGAUAGUUCCCGCAUGAUCGGACCUCGUGAGAAUGAUAGCGUAUGAAAACAAUAAACUAAAUUACCGGUAACUGCUGUUAAGUAGCUUUGCUUUUAAUGAAUACAUUGUAGGAUAUAAUAACAUGUGAAUUGAACAAAUGUAAGUCCAACAACAAGUGUACACAAUACAACUGCAAACUACGGUAUAUCGGCAUAACGGUUGCACAAGUAUAAAGGUUACUAAGGUAUAGUUCGGAAGAUAUUCAUAAGGGAUUAUUAAGAACAACUGAAGUAAAAUUCACUCAGUUUAAUACAUUCACAAAAAAAAAUCAAACAAACGUUUUCUGAGGGAUUAACAGGAUUCGAUUGACCAUCACACCUAAUUAUACCAUUAUCGGUAAUUGUUAGAUGACGACGGUAAUUUCAAAUAAUUAGACCAUGCCAUUGUGAACUUCGGAUUACCACGGGUAACAUAUCGUGAAACAACAUUGAUGAAAAAUGCAGAUUUUUUUGCGUUUUAAAUUUUUGCUGGAUGAAUAUUCUGCUGGAAAUAAUUUUGCAAUUCUACCGAGAGACCGCAGAAACGCAGAAAUAUUCCUCCCGUAGAAAUAACCCGCUGUACGGUAUGUUGGUUUUAUCAUGGUGCAGCUCAGUUGUAGAAGAAAAUGAAAGUCUAAUUUGUGUAUUGUAUACUAGUGUAAAUAUCUCCUGAACUUUACCCGUAACAAAUUUCAGAUGCAAGUUUGUAUAGAUGCAAAUACAUUUUAAUCAGUUAAAAAAAAUUAUUCAUCCACAGAACUUUGUGCACCAUCAAAAUUAGUUGUUACAUUGUUUACAGUAUUUUUUUUAACAUAUAUAAGCUCACCUGAUCUUUGUUAGGGUAAUUUGGAUUUUCUGGCAGCCAUAAUCCUGUGUCAGCAUUUGUAUUCAAAGGUCUUCUUUGAAAUGACUGGUCAGAAUUACUCCAAACCUGGUAUGCACCAUCCUGUCAUUGGCUUCUCAAGUGUUCCUACUUAAUAGGGCUUGCUAGUGCAAAAAGGGAAACCUUUAACUGACCUCAUGUUGGGAACCAUUUGAUAGAUUUUCACAACACUUCGUCUGUGACAUCCUGAUAUGAAACUCUCUCCAGUUUGUUUAAUGGUAUGGUUUAACAGUUUUUUGGGCUUGUCAGAGGAGAAAAAAAACCACCAAACUUAAUCUUUAGUAUGCUUGUAUAGACAUUGUGUAAGUUUUGUUUAAAUGGUUCUUUAGUAAACAGGCUGUGGAGCUAAAAUGUGGGAAAAACCUUUUAAACAACUUAUUCUCAUGAACUACUUGAUAGAUCUUCACCAAACUUGUUCUGUAGCAUCCUUGUAUGGACCACUCAAGUUUUUGCAAAUGGCCUCGCUUGGUUCUGUUUAGUGAACACAAGAGCUAUACAUAGCAAAAACCUUAAAAUGAUUUCACUUGACAGAUCUUCACCAAAGUUGGUCAGUAACAUUCAAUAUGGACUGUUCCCAGUUUCAACUACUUGAUUGAUUUUCACCAAAUUUGAUCUGUAGCAUCCUUGUAUAGACAGCUUUAACUUUUUUCAUAAUUAACAACUUCUCACGAAUCAAUUGAUGGUUUUCAGAAAAUAUGGUCAAUAGCUUCCUUGUAUGGACCUCUCUCAAACUUGGUCAGAUAGUUUUGCAGUGGCUGUCAUAUCUAAAAACAGAAAAAGGUUUUUAAAGACUAAAAUCUUACGAGAUAGUUAAUUGAUCUUCACUAAACAAAGUUGCUUCAGUAAGUGAUAUUUUGCAUACUGACGUACAGUUUUGUAAGGUCAAGUGAGUGUUGUUUUGGCCCUAUUGUUUAGGUCUGUUUGUAGGAUUCUAAAAAAGUAAUGAAAGUUUAGUUUGUACAUUUGAUAUGUAUAAAUAUAUAUAUUUAUUUCAAUUGUAUAUUGUUUCCUUGUUGAAUGUUUAAUAAAAAAAUGUCAAGAUUGCA